CUCCAUCUACCGGUGACUCGUGAACAGGCAGAGUUUUGUCCCUCUUCCCCGUCUUCACUUGCUUUCUUCCUCUUCCUCCCUCCUGUCCUCUGCUGCCCGCUCUCACCAUCUACCGCUCCCCGCCCGUUUGCUACUACUCUUCUGUACGAGAGGACCGUUGGCUGCGUGCUACAGAACAACACCCACGUCCCGUCCCGUCCAGUCACUCGCUCAACACUCACUCACACACAUCUGAGCCACGCUGCCCCAUCAGGCGAGGCGACAUCACCUGCGCUCCGGAUGCGUCACUCUCAACCGCCUCGUAGGUACCCACUCGCACCGCCCGCCCGUUUUGACAACGGCUGCCUGCCCACUCUGACUCUGCCCGCCAACCCAUCCAUGCCUUGCCUUUGAACUGACACGAGCCCCUCCCAGGUGGUGCCCUUGUCUGCCGCUGCUGCUGCCGCUGCAUGCAUGCCAAACAUAGCUGCUGUACCUGGACCAUUACGUGAACCUUAUUCGCAACCGACCCUCUCGUGACUCCGUCAUCAUAGGUAACCGUUGUUGGUGGUAAAUGCUCCUGGAACGCGAUCCCACCUUGGCCGAGGCUCCAGGCUUCACCACGGAGCAAUUGCUCGAGCUCAGCCGCAGCGUCGAGGCAAAGCAGCUCCAGCUCGAGGCCGACAUCAAUGCCUACAUAAAGAAGAAGCAGCACGAGCUCGCGCUCUACCAACACGAGCUUCUGGCCCAGUACCGUGAAAUGGAAUGCACCGCAACUCCACACCACCCAACCUCUACUGCUGCUGCCUUGUCCUCUUCAUCUUCCACUCCUGCUCCGACUUCUCCCCAGCCCGACUUGCCUCAGCAUCUCUCCCGCGCCGAAGAGAGGGAAAAGCGCACCAAGCACAACCGCGUGCACAAGCGCGAGCAGGAGCUCUUUGGUCUCGUGACGCCCAUUUUUCUACCGCUGCUGGAUGCCCGAGACGUCCCGCAAGCCAAGAAGAAGGGAGAGAAGAGCGACGCCAGCAUGGGCCAUGACAUGCCGCAAUCCGCCCCGGACCUCCAAAUGCGAUCGCCAUCGCCUCGUGACGCCGAUCCGCCAAAGGAACGCAGAUCGCGCGUGCUUGAAAAGGGCAGCAAAGCAGAACUCCGAGAAUCUUCUUCCGGCGGGGACACGAGCGCUGCCGAGAAACGAAGCAGGUCCGACUCGGCGAAAAGAACCAAGCGUCCUGCUACGACGAAGAAAUCAUCGCUCCGCAAGGGAAGUGAAAAGAGCAAGCGGAAGCGGGUGAGCUUGGUGAUUGACGACCAGAUUGUUCUUCCGGCCGAUGUAGUAGCAGACCCGCCCCUCACAUCCCCCAGCGAUACCGCCCCCUCAAGCGCCUCCACUUCAACUACAUCACUAGAAGAAAUGAUAGAUCCGCGCCUCAUAGCCAACAACGAUUCUCCUCGGCAUGAAUAUCAAGAAGUCUUGCAAGAAAGCUCUCCUACAUCCAAUUCACCAUCCACCAUGAACCAAACCAGUAAUAAUAACAUGGCUGGUAGCUCAACAACAUCAACAUCAACAACAACGCUCACCGAAGAACCCGCCAUGAUAAUAUACAACAACCAACCCAUCUCUCCAUCACCCACAUCCCACUCUUCCAUCCGCUCGCCACUCCUCUACGAACCCCCAACAACCACCGGACGCACCUUCCUCGAGCCCUCCCCACCCAAAGCCAUCGCCGCCCGCAACAUCCCGCAACACGCCUCUUCAGCACCAAUCUACGCCUCCCUCCCCGACCGCGGCUCGGCCACCGCCAGCAACGGCGACGCUGAAUUCAGCUCCUACGUCGGCGGCAUCUCCGGCUCUGGCGUCGACGACGUCAACCAAAUGGGCUCGCUCGGGUUUCCGUCGAGUCUGGGGGCUAGCUACAUGGAGAGCUAUAUGCAGAGUCGGCCGCUGAGCGUGAGGAUGGCGGCGGCGGAGAAGGCUGGAUUGAGCGAGGGAGAGAGCGCGGCAUUGUUUACUGCGAGGCCGCGGCAUGAUGGCGUGCAGGAAGAGGAGGAAGAAGAAGAAGAUGUGGACAUGGAUAUGAACAGGGGCGAGUUCAGCUCGGGACGCGGGGUUGAGAGGGGAGACGACGAUAUGGAUGUCAUUGGGAAUAUGGAGGGGUUCUAA